UGAUCUGCGUUCGCUUCCUGCUGCCACAAGCGACUUGCGUUUGAUGGCUAGACAGCUAACGUUAGACCGAAGAUGGCAACUGGUGCCCCGUCCUCAGUGACCAAUACGUCUACUAAUAAUGAGGGGAUACUUAUUGGCGAUAAAGUCUACUCCGAAGUUUACCUUACUAUCGACAAUUCUCUCAUACCAGAGGAGAGGCUUUCUCCCACACCCUCAAUGCUGGAUGGCCUGGAUUUACACGCUGAGACAGAUCUGCGGAUUUUGGGCUGCGAACUCAUACAAUCCGCUGGCAUCCUUCUACGAAUGCCACAGGUGGCCAUGGCAACCGGACAAGUCCUUUUUCAUAGAUUUUUCUACUCCAAGUCAUUCGUCAAACACAGUUUUGAGAUUGUUUCCAUGGCCUGUAUCAAUCUGGCCUCAAAGAUUGAAGAAGCCCCCAGACGCAUUAGAGAUGUGAUCAAUGUCUUUCAUCAUUUAAGACAGAUGAGAGGCAAAAGAAGCACAAGCCCACUGGUUCUUGAUCAGAACUACAUAAACACCAAAAACCAAGUCAUUAAAGCCGAGCGGCGGAUCCUAAAGGAGCUGGGCUUCUGUGUUCACGUCAAGCAUCCGCACAAGAUCAUCGUCAUGUACCUCCAAGUUCUAGAAUGUGAGAAGAACCAAACGCUGGUCCAGACAGCCUGGAACUACAUGAAUGAUGCCUUGCGGACGAAUGUGUUUGUGAGGUUUCAAGCUGAGACCAUCGCCUGUGCCUGUAUUUACCUCGCUGCCAGAGCCCUGCAGAUUGUUCUGCCAUCUAGACCACACUGGUACCUGCUCUUUGGAGCUACAGAAGAGGAGAUUCAAGAGAUUUGCAUCACCACACUGAAGCUGUACUCAAGGAAGAAGCCAAACUAUGAUCUGCUGGAGAAGGAGGUGGAUAAGAGGAAGGUGGCGCUGCAGGAGGCCAAGCUGAAGGCCAAGGGCCUCAACCCUGAUGGCACUCCUGCCCUCUCCACUAUGGGCGGCUUCUCCCCGGCCUCCAAGCCAGGAUCCCCCAGAGAGGUGAAGACAGAGGAGAAGUCUCCCAACUCCCAGACGCUGAAGCCUGUGAAGAAGGAGCCUGAGGAGCGAGCGCAGGGCUCCAAGAGCCCACACAACGGUCUCAGGAAGGAAGGCAAGCUUAGCCACAACAGCAGGAGUGGCAGCCACUCGCGGUCCAGGACAAGAUCACGUUCCAGAUCACGCUCUCCCAGAAGGCAUUACAACAACAGACGGAGCCGCUCUGGGACCUACAGCUCGCGCAGUCGCUCCCACAGUCGCAGCCCGUCUCCACGGCGACACCAGAACCACGGGAUCCCGCUCUCGCCGCUGCUGCCGCACCUGAAGGCCAAGCAGCGCGACGGCGGCGAGUCCAAAGCGGCCGGCCGCCACGCCCACAAGAGGAAGCGCUCGCGCAGCCGCUCGCGCUCCACCAGCAAGCCUCGCGAGCGAGAACGGGAGCGUGACCGAGACAGGGAGCGAGACCGAGAUCGCCUCUCCUCCUCCUCCUCGGACCCGAAGAAGCACAAGCACGAGCGCAGCAGCGGGGGCGGCCACCACCGGGACCGGCGGGAGCGCUCCCGCUCCUACGAGCGCUCGCACAAGAGCAAACACCACCACAGCAGCGGCAGCAGCCACUCGGGCCACAGCCGACACAGACGCUGACCCCACCGUCUCUCUCUAUGUCCCUUCCCUCCCCCACUCUCUUCUUCUCUGUCCUCUUCUCUCUUUCUCUGUCUGUCUGUCUGUCUGUCUGUCUGUCUGUCCUUCUCUAGCCCUUUUCAGUGUCAUGUAAUGUUGUGGACUGGGGGGGGGGGGGGGGGGGACAUACAGUGUAUAGUUGGUGACAUGCCAAUGUAUUACAGUGAGUGCUUUGAUUCUUAAAAAGCAGAAAGAUUUUUUUUUUGUUUUUGUUAGGGUGGGGAAGGGAAGGGAAGUUCACCAUUUGAAAAAAAAUUCAGGAAAGACAUCAAGACUUUGCACAGUUCAAAAGAGAAAUACCAGGUCCAUUCAACUUUUUUUUUUGUUUCUUCCUUUUUUCCUUGGACUAACGUGUGUAUAUUUAUAAUACAUACAUAUAUAUAUACAGUUGUACAAAUACAAAAAUGGUAUUUCUCUAGAAAUAGACAUUUUUUUUCUGAACAACUGGAUGCAGACUUUUAAUAUAAUUUUAGUUGUUUUUUCGGGGGUGGGGGGGUUGAAUCGUGGUUUGAAAAAAACACUGGUUUUUAGUCUGCAUGUGUUCGUCUGAUUUUUACUUAAUAAAAAAGUAAUCUAUUCUCA